AGGAGAGAAAGGAAAGCGCGAGGACCCGCCGCCGCCGCCGUCACCCGCGGAGCCGUGCCGGAGCUGAGAGGCGACCUGGCCGUGGCCCCUCCACCCCCGCUUCCGCUCCUUCCCGCCGCCGGCCGCCCGCGUCCUCGGUGAGGGGGCCGUCCCGGGCCGAGGAGAGGACUUGUUCCAGCAACCUGUUAAAAACAUGGUGGAUUACUAUGAAGUUCUAGGCGUGCAAAGACACGCCUCACCCGAGGAUAUUAAAAAGGCAUACCGGAAACUGGCACUGAAGUGGCACCCAGAUAAAAAUCCUGAUAAUAAAGAAGAAGCAGAGAGAAAAUUCAAACAAGUAGCUGAGGCGUAUGAGGUGUUAUCUGAUGCUAAAAAACGGGACAUCUAUGACAAAUAUGGCAAAGAAGGAUUAAACGGUGGAGGAGGAGGUGGAAGUCACUUUGACGCUCCAUUUGAGUUUGGUUUCACAUUCCGCAACCCAGAAGAUGUCUUCAGGGAAUUUUUUGGUGGAAGGGACCCAUUUUCAUUCGACUUCUUUGAAGACCCAUUUGAGGACUUUUUUGGGAACCGAAGGGGUCCCCGAGGAAGCAGAAGCCGAGGCCCAGGCUCAUUUUUCUCUGCCUUCGGUGGGUUUCCAUCCUUCGGAGGUGGAUUUCCUUCUUUUGAUACAGGAUUUACUUCGUUUGGGUCCCUGGGUCAUGGAGGCCUUACUUCAUUCUCUUCCACGUCAUUUGGUGGUAGUGGGAUGGGCAACUUCAAGUCUAUAUCAACUUCUACUAAAAUAGUUAAUGGCAGAAAAAUCACUACAAAGAGAAUUGUCGAGAACGGUCAAGAAAGAGUAGAAGUCGAAGAAGAUGGCCAGUUAAAGUCCUUAACGAUAAAUGGUGUGGCUGACGAGCACGCCCUGGCGGAGGAGUGCCUGCGGAGAGGCCAGCCAGCCCUGCCCGCCCAGCCUGCCAGCGCCCGCCUGCACAAGCCGCCCCGGCACACACCCGUGGCCAGACACGUGCAGCACCCGAUCUGGGAAGAUGACGAGGAGCAGGACAGGCUGCGGGUCCCCGGCGGCUGGGAGUCCCCCACGUGCUCAGCAGGAAUCAAAGAAGGUGGCAAGCGGAAGAAGCAGAAGCAGAGAGAGGAGUCGAAGAAGAAGAAGUCGACCAAAGGGAAUCGCUAGGCUGGCCUUGGCCGGGCCCACGCGCGCUUGCCCCCCGACAGCCGCGCGGCCUCGCUUGGUGGGUGGCUGUGCUGUGCUCACACUCUAGGUAGCGGCAUCUUGUUCAGCACGGGCCCCCCGGGCCACACUCUCUCAUAGCAGGAUUACGGACACGCGAUCACCGAGCGUCAGGGUCAGGGCUGUGAGAAGAGACGGGAAUGGACAAUCGUGGGUGGCCGUGGUGGAGAUCUGGGGACGCGGCCUGGACUUCCUCUGCCUUCCACUCCCCGCCCUGGCCCGCGCUAAGUGCGUUAUCGUUUCCCUCGAGUUGUUUAGGACCUAUCUCGCCCCUUUGAGCGCUCCACAAGCGACAGGAAGACUCGCGCUGUUAGAAGGGUGAUGACCCCCUAGCCCAGCGACGGUGCAGCGUCUGGAAUGAGAAUGGAGUUCAAGACCUCAGCUUAAAGACCACCCACAUCCCACAGUGAACGGAGGCUGCCAGGCCACUCUGCGGUCCAGUCUCCCACGUGCCAGGUCAUCAGGAGUCACUUCAGAUGUGAAACCAUUCCUCCUACUUACUGUUUGCUUUCUGCUCUUCUCCAGGUCGUCCAAAUUCGACUUCAGAUAUCGUUUGGUUUUGGCUAAAUUUCAUCCUUUUUUUUUUUUUUUUUCUUGGAUCCAUAAUUAUAUACUCUUUUCAGCAUCCUGCUCAGCCCUACCGCCUCUAGCUUUUAUUAUGGUUUAGGGCCCUGCUGGGAGAAUCGGCUGGUUGCCCGUCACCCGUGCAGAAUAACCAGACACCGAGCAAGUAGGUAGAGCUAAAUGGUCCAGUCGGCAAACACUGGCCCCCGGCAGCCGUCGUCUCGGCCUAGCUAGGUUCUGUCCAGCUUCCUCUAACCAUUCCCUCGCAUGGUCCACUGCUUCCUAACCUUCUCUCUCUCUGCUGAGCCCUGAGUAGGAUUCUGGUGUGGCCUGCAUGUUCCCCUCGGGGAGUGCCUCCUUCCUUCUUAACACGAUCUGUGGUUCAUAAGUGCUUUUUCCUUUGUCCUCCUGCAACUGAGGGCAUCGUAAAAAGCUUGGAGAUUUUAAAAUGCCAGCAAUUUUAACCUAGCAGUGUGGAAACGGGGAAUUUUUUUUUUUUUUUGGGGGGGGGGUGUAGCGGUGCCACAGGCUUAGAAGCCAGAAACGAAUGUCCUCUGAAAGUCUCAGUUACAGAGGGUUUGCUCUGUUGGGGUUUUGGUGGGGAGGUGAUGUGGGGCACAGAGUGGAUUGGUGUGUUAUGCUUAUUACGGAAACUGUUACCUUGAAUGCCUGAUGUAUUUGAAUGCUGCCUUCGUAAAUAAAAUGUAAGCCUUCUUGAGGAGAGCCCACCUGCCGCGUCGUUUGUGUCGGGAGAUCGCACUGUUCCUAACG